UUUUUAAGACCCAGCGGAGCUCGUGAGGGAAACCCCGCGGCUUUAGUUGUUUCUACUCUCCCGAGUGUCAGCUAGUUAUUUGUGGGGAGGCGCUGUAGCCAUUUCGCCACAUAAAAAGCAUGAUGAGCUGAACGGGCCAACAUCCGAGUUGUUGGUGGGAGAAGAGAAACCAGCUUUGAGGAGCUCCGCGCGCGCGCGCGCACAACACCAAAAACCUGCGCGUGAGCACGCACGGGCGCACGCACACACUUCCUCCUCGUCCUCCGUGGAAAAAAAAAGAGGGAGAGAGAGAGAGGGUACACGAACUUCCAACUCUCCCAUGUGGAAAGCAGAGGUUUGAAGAUAAGGUGUAUUUUUCCUCCUCGCAGCUCUCCCUCUCUUUCUCCCUCUCAGUGUUAUUUUAUUUUUAAUUUUUUUCCCCUUGCUCUUUGCCCGGAUAAUUGUGCUUCUAUGAGCGUCUUUCUUGGCGAGAAGAGAAGUUUGGUUGUUUGCCURGUCGGCUGAGGAGGCGGAGGAGGAGAAAAAGAAGAAGAGUCGGGUUAAAAGUAGGAGAAGAUGGUCCACAACGCCGCCUGGAGAAGGAGCUUUCUUUGCGUCCUGGUGCUCAGUCUCGGCUUCGCGUCCCCGCCGUGCAAAGCUCGGAUUUACACCAACCACUGGGCGGUCAGGAUAGCCGGGGGACCCGAGGUGGCCGAGCAGAUAGCGCAGAAAUAUGGCUAUAGGAACAUGGGACAGAUUGGGGACCUCAAAGACCACUAUCACUUCUACCACAGUCGGACAAUCAAGAGAUCAACKUCGUCCAGCCGUGGUCGCCACAGUUUCAUCUCCAUGGAGCCCAAGGUGGAGUGGAUAGAACAGCAGGUGGUGAAAAGGAGGAUCAAGAGGGAUUACAAAUCAGCCCCGCCCCUUUCCCAGACAAGCCCCGCCUUUAGCAGCAUGGCCCAAAACAACAUAUUCUAUAAUGACGCCAAGUGGAGCAGUAUGUGGUAUAUUCACUGUAACGAUGACGUCCAUAAUUGCCAGUCGGACAUGAACAUCAUGGGGGCGUGGAAGAGGGGCUACACGGGUAAAGACGUGGUGGUGACCAUACUUGAUGACGGCAUUGAGAGGAACCACCCUGACCUUUUACAGAACUAYGACCCUCAAGCAAGCUAUGAUGUCAACAGCAACGAUGCAGAUCCCAUGCCGCGAUACGAUGCAACCAAUGAGAACAAGCAUGGCACACGGUGCGCAGGUGAAGUGGCUGCAUCUGCAAACAACUCCCACUGCAUUGUGGGAAUUGCCUAUAAUGCCAGAAUAGGGGGUGUUCGAAUGCUGGAUGGCGAUGUGACCGACAUGGUGGARGCCAAGUCUUUGAGCCUCAGCCAGCAGCACAUUGACAUCUACAGCGCCAGCUGGGGACCCGAUGAUGAUGGAAAGACUGUGGAUGGACCAGCAGCUCUGGCCAGGCAGGCCUUUGAGAACGGCAUCCGCUCGGGGAGAAAGGGCCGUGGCUCCAUCUUUGUUUGGGCCUCAGGUAACGGCGGGCGCAGCAGAGACCACUGCUCCUGCGAUGGCUACACCAACUCCAUCUACACCAUCUCCAUCUCCAGCACGGCCGAGAGCGGACGCAAACCCUGGUACCUGGAGGAGUGUUCGUCCACACUGACCACCACAUACAGCAGCGGGGAGAACUACGACAGAAAGAUCAUCACAACAGAUCUGCGGCACCGGUGUACAGACAGCCAYACAGGGACAUCAGCCUCUGCUCCCAUGGCAGCUGCCAUCAUCGCUCUGGCCCUGGAGGCAAAUCCUCUUCUAACCUGGAGAGACGUUCAGCACAUCAUUGUGAAAACCUCAAGAGCCGGGCAUCUGAGUGCUCCUGACUGGAAGACCAAUGCUGCUGGUUACAAUGAACCAUUCGUCCAGAGCAUGUGGUGAGAUCGGURUACAAGGCAACCGGAUGUACCGACAACCCCAACAACCAUGUCAUCUACUUGGAGCACGUGGUCGUACGCAUUAUGAUUACGCACCCUCGCCGUGGUGACCUGUCAAUCAAUCUGACCUCACCGUCUGGGACCAAGUCUCAGCUGCUUGCAAACAGGUUGUUUGAUUACUCCAUGGAGGGCUUUAAGAACUGGGAGUUUAUGACCACCCACUGCUGGGGAGAGAAGGCAGCAGGCGACUGGGUCCUAGAAAUCUAUGACUCACCUUCUCAGCUUCGCAGCCAGAAAGUGCCUGGAAAGUUGAAGGAGUGGUCGCUGGUGCUGUAUGGUACCUCUGUCCACCCGUACUCAUCUAUGCACGUUGAAAAGGUUCGCUUCACUGACCUGCUGCAGCCGGUCGAGGAAGAGUUCACCGAGGAGUACAACGGCCCCUGUGAUGCUGAAUGCAAUGAAAAUGGCUGCGAGGGUCCAGGACCCCACCACUGCAUAAACUGCCUCCACUACUUCCUCAAGUUCAAGAAUAACACCAGGAUGUGUGUCUCCGAGUGUCCCAGCGGCUUCUUCCGUGACGACAGGAAACGCUGCAAGAAGUGCUCCUCUUUGUGCGAGACCUGCGUCGGGAGCCGCAGCGAUCAGUGCAUCACAUGCAGGAGCGGGUACCACUUCAUCGAGGGCUCCAACACAUGUGUCGCCAACUGUGCCGAUGGCUUCUACCUCGACAGCAAUUCCAACAUUUGCAGAAGAUGUCAAGAAAACUGCAAGAAAUGCACAAGCUUCAAUAUCUGCACAGAAUGUAAACAGGGGACGAGUCUUCAAGGAAAUAAGUGCCAGAUGACCUGCCUCCCAGGAACUUAUUACAACGGCCACAGGCGGACCUGUGAGCACUGUCAUCGAGCCUGUGCCACCUGCGCAGGCACAGGUGCAGAAGCAUGUACUAAGUGUGCAGAUGGGUAUUUACUUGAGGACUGGAGGUGUGUGUUGACGUGCAGCCCUGGUUCUUACCUGUCAGAGCAGACCUCAGACAGUGGACAGGUGCAGAGGUCCUGUAAGAAGUGUGACAAUAGCUGCUUUGAGUGUUUGGGUCCAGGGGAGCAGAACUGCAGCAGCUGUAACAGUGGUUACAACCUGGAGGCAGGAGCCUGUGUGGUCAGCACCAUCUGCAAAGAUGGUUGUUUGAUGAUGGUCGCUGUGUCAUCCACUGCCCAACCGGKCGCUAUGCAGAUGGGAGACGAUGUCAACCCUGUCAUCCCACCUGCCACGCCUGCACUGAUGAAGGAGCAGACAACUGCACCAGCUGUGAUAAAGACAGGUUCGGUGUAACCAGGUACCUCUUUCAGAGCGAGUGUCUGGACRUCUGUCCUGAGGGCUUCCACCAGUCUGUCAGGAUGCGGUGUGAGCCUUCCACCUAUAAUUCUACCACUGCACGGCUCCAUCCUUCAUGUGGUGACGGUUCAGAUGCAGAUUGUCUCUCCUGUGAUGAGGGCUGCAAAAAAUGCAAACAAAGAGGUCCAGAAGAUCAGAAACAGGAAAGUGUUUGCCUCAAAUGUGAAGAAGGUUAUUAUCAGUUAGACGCUGACUGUCAUCAGUCCUGCCCUGAUGGGACCUACAGUGUGAAGGACGUUAUGGUCUGUUCUCCUUGUGAAGACAAACACUGUGCAGUCUGUGAUGAGUCCCAGUGCUACUUGUGUGACAGUGGCUACUAUGUCUCUGACGGAGAGUGCGUGGAUCGUUGUGAGGAUGGUUUCUUUCUGGAUGCAGCAGAGUGUGAGCCCUGUCACAGAGACUGUCAAACCUGCGGAGGGCCGCGGGACGAUGACUGUGACUCCUGCGAAGACGGGUUCUCUCUGAUGAAGGGAGAGUGCGUGGAAGGACAACAGCUCGUCGUUUGUCCUGAGAAACACUUCAGAAACAGUGAGGACAAAUGUGAGCCGUGUCACUCCACCUGUAGGACUUGUUCUGGUGAAAAGAAGGAAAACUGCAGCAGCUGUUUUCCUGGCCGUUUUUUGACUCCUCAUCAGACUUGCCUGUCUCAGUGUCCGGCUGGAACAUUUGGCAACAAAACAUCUGGCCAGUGUGAGGGGUGUUCAGCAGGCUGUGUAACGUGCCAGGAGGCCGAAGCCUGCCAGGGCUGCCAGGAAGGCCUUUACCUGCAAGACGACGCGUGUGUGAAAGAAUGCCAGAGGGGGUUUCCUCAAGGUGAGCUUUGCCACCCGUGUGCCCCGGAGUGUGCAUCCUGUGAGGAAAGUUCCUCCCGCUGUUUGAGCUGCGAGAGGCCAUUUCUGCUGCUGGAUCACUCCUGUGUGUCCGCCUGCCCAAAGGGCUUUUAUAAGAACAACACAGAAUGCCAUCGCUGCCCGGAUCACUGCAGCGAGUGCAGCCAGGACGGCCUGUGUGAGAAGUGUACAGGGCAGUACUUCCUUCAUGAGGACGAGUGCGUGGACGAUUGUCCUGCAGCCUACUUUGCCAGCACGAAGCAGCACGAGUGUGUGCGUUGUCAUGUUGACUGCGCCUCGUGUGACGGGUCGKGCAUCAAUGACUGCAUCGAGUGUCGCAACCCCAAAGCUGUCCGCUACGCCGGAGAGUGCCUGCCUCGCUGUCCAAGCAACACCUACCACGACACAGGCAGAAAUGAAUGCGAAGGGUGUGAUGAGUCGUGUUUGACCUGCUCGGGUCACAAACCCUCCGACUGCCUCAGCUGUGAUGCCAACAGGCGCAGGGAUGCGAGUGGGCGAUGUGUGUGGUCCAGUGAAUGCUCUGUGGGCUCGUACGUGGACCAGAACGGCGAGUGCCAGCAGUGCCACCCGCUCUGCCGCCACUGCAACGGGCCCAACAGAGACCAGUGCCUCAGCUGUGAGGAGCACCACUUCCUGUUGAACAGCACCUGUGUGGAAACGUGUCCCAUGGGUUACUACAUGGAGGUCAAAGGUGAGCGCGCGUGUCGACGCUGCUACUACAGCUGUGAGWCUUGCGAUGGUCCACACAGCCAGCAGUGCAUCACCUGCAAACCGGGGUAUUUUAAGCACGGCAGCAGCUGUGUUGAGACCUGUCCAGAGAGUCAUUUUGGCAACGGGACCUCUAAGGUUUGUGAGCGAUGUGACCCCUCCUGCACCAAGUGCUUCGGUCAUGGAAACACCAAGUGUCUGAGCUGCCGGCAUGACUACCUGUACAUGAAACAAUGGAGGCAAUGCCUGAAGAGCUGCCCUUCUGGAUACUACAAAGACAAAUGGUCCACAAACUGCCUCAAGUGUGACCCGACCUGCAAGACCUGCAGCGAUGGGUCUGCUUUGGCUUGUUUGUCCUGUUACGACAACUUURUCUUAAAGAGUAGCUACUGUCUGAACCCCUGUUUUAUUGGCUUCUAUCCAUCCUCACAGGACAUUGGAAACCCAAGGUGCAGGGCUUGUGAUCGGUCGUGCGAAGGCUGCCGAGGCCCCAGCAUGUGGGAGUGCACCUUGUGUCCUCCGAGCAAGAUCUUAUUAGAGGACGGCCGCUGCUUGAGCUGCUGUGGAAAAGAGUCGUGGUACAACAAUGAACCGAUUCCCAGGGAGUGCUGUGACUGCGAGGCAUCCCGAGAGGAGUGCACCCUGGGGGUGAACUUUGUGAUGACGACAGAUGAAGGUUCAGGCAGCAGCACCCCUAAACUGGUCACCACGGCUUUUGUUCUGCUCAUCCUCUUUGUGGGAAUGGGAAUCUUCCUCCUCCUCAGUGCUCGACUGAAGCUGCCCAAAUCCAAAGCUGGAGGUUACGUGAAGCUGGACACCAUCGAAAGCUYCACGCCUCAGCCCAACACCUCUUCRUUUGGAGAGUACAGCGACAGGAUGGCUGAAUGUGAGGACAGUGAUGARGAGGAUGAUGAUGAGGAUAUAGUGUACAUGACCAAAGAUGGGUCGAUGUAUCGAAAAGGUAAAUAUGGACUGUUGGAUGAUGAUGACGAUGAGCUGGAAUAUGAUGAUGAAAGCUACUCAUUUAGAUGAAAACAUGAGUAUUUAUUGUUGUACUGAAAGACUUAAUGUUUCUGUUUAAGCAUUUUAUUAAACCUGCAUGAGACUUAUUUUGAAUUUUUUGUAUUUUAAAAUAAAAAAUAAAAAAUGUAAAAUAUUUCUAUUCAUUUGGAAAUAGUGGCGGCAGUAAACAUCCUUAAAAAUAUUAAAACACUUUAAUUAUUAAUAUGCUGUCUUAAGUCUGUGGUCAGUUAUUGACCAGUUUUAAUUAAACAGUAAUAUUUGUCCUGCCAUAAAAGAUUAAAUAAAUGUCAGACACCUGGCAGCCAGA